AUAGUUGGUAACGCAAUAUAAGCAGAAGGUCAAAAGGUAGUUGGCAACACAUAAUGAAAAAUACGUUAUAUGUGCAAGGUCGCGUGAUUAUUCGACAAUUUUACAUUUUCAGUGGAAUCAGGAAUAAAGUGAAGGCGCCAAAAUGUGUUAAGAUAAAUGGUAUAUAUAAAAUUACUCUAGAAUUGCUCGGAAAAAUGAUAACAAACGCAAUGUAAUUGAAGUUAAUAGCUAAAUUUCGCAAAUAUUAAUGAUUGGAAAACGAAGAGUUGUUCAGUUUAUAUUACUUAAGUAUUCAAAUACUUUAGAUUAUUCAGUUUGGUUUAUAAUCGAAUAUAAAGUUUUUGGUAGGAUUUGAAAGCUUUGACUAAAACUUACAAAAUUUUGAGCCCAUAACUAAGUUCAUUAUAACCAACGAUGGAUUCCGAGUGACCAAUUUUACUUGACUCGAAUGGAAAUUAAACCAGUAAGAACUGGAUGAACUCGGGACAUAAUUUUGGAAUCAGAUGUAAACAAUGUGACCAGUAAGUUGCAGACCCAAGAUUCAAGGAUUUUUAUAUCAUAAAUGUCAACGGUGCAUUUCCAAGAAAAACAAAAAUAGAUCAACCACUUCCGGCUGCAUUGUUGCAUUUGCAGCGUAUCCGUUUACCGGCACGAAAAGUACUUGGUUUCUGCGGUGUUUAAAAUUGUACAUGUCACGCAAUCUUCUGCAUCGUUUAUAAAUUCCUACAUAUCUAUUCAAUUAAACGAUGAAAAAAGUCUCAACAAAUCCACAUUCUAGUGCUUUUGAUGUUUGGAAAAUCUGAUCCUAAUUAAAAUAAUUUUAUUCGCACAAAAAAAAAAAAUAUGGGGACUAACAAUGAAUGGAGACAACGCUCUAACAGCAACAACAUGGUUGAAAGUCAACAACAGCAGCAAAACGGCAGUAGCGGUCUCGGGGCUGCUACUGGUAGUAGUGCAGUAACAGCAGCAACGGCUACCGCUAAUGCUGGUAGUAAUAACAAUAACAAUAAUAAUACAAAUGCUAACAACAACAACAAUAAUAUGGAUAACGACUCUAAAACAAAUUUGAUUGUGAAUUACUUACCCCAGACGAUGUCUCAAGAGGAGAUUCGGUCGUUAUUUGUUAGUUUUGGGGAUGUGGAGAGUUGCAAAUUGAUUAGAGAUAAAGUUACAGGUCAAAGUCUCGGGUACGGAUUUGUAAAUUAUAUAAAACAAGAAGAUGCUGAGAAGGCAAUAAGCUCACUCAAUGGUUUGCGUUUACAAAAUAAAACAAUUAAAGUUUCAGUAGCCCGUCCUAGUUCAGAAUCAAUUAAGGGUGCAAAUUUAUAUGUGUCUGGUCUUCCCAAAAAUAUGACUCAACCAGAACUCGAAGUACUAUUCAGUCCAUAUGGCAAGAUAAUUACCUCAAGAAUUUUAUGCGACAAUAUAACAGGUCUAUCGAAAGGUGUAGGCUUUAUACGUUUCGAUCAACGUCAUGAAGCUGAUCGUGCAAUAAAGGAGCUAAAUGGAACUAUACCAAAAAACGCCACCGAUCCCAUUAUUGUUAAAUUUGCCAAUAAUCCCAGUAAUAAUAAGUCUUUACAACCACUGGCUGCUUAUUUAACGCCACAGACUGCUAGAGCACGCGGUUUUCCCGCCGCAGCAGCGGCAGUUGGGGCAGCUGCCGCAGCGGCAGCUAUACAUCCAUCGGCAGCAAGCCGUUACAGCUCGGUGAUUUCACGUUAUUCACCUUUAGCUGGUGAUCUUUUGGCGAACACAAUGCUACCGGGGAAUCCCAUCAACGGUUCCGGCUGGUGUAUUUUCGUCUACAAUUUGGCACCAGAAACUGAGGAGAAUGUAUUGUGGCAGCUUUUUGGCCCAUUCGGUGCCGUGCAAUCAGUUAAGGUUAUACGUGAUCUGCAAACCAAUAAGUGCAAAGGUUUCGGCUUUGUCACUAUGACUAAUUAUGAGGAAGCUGUUGUCGCUAUACAAUCCCUCAAUGGAUAUACACUGGGCAACCGUGUACUUCAAGUCAGCUUUAAGACGAAUAAAACAAAGCAAACCAACAGCAACAUCAAUGCCAACAGCAGUCAGCACAAUAAUAGUAACAGGCUACAACAACAGAGCCAGCAACAUACUAAUCGUAAAACACAGCAACCCCCCACGGCGGCUACAGCAGCAAGAGCCACUGAUUUGCAAUCACUAUUGAAUUUGCCACCACCACAAACCCCACAUCAAGCAGCUGCAGCCGCGGUCGCAGCAGCAACCAUAGCAAAUGCAGCUGCAGCCGCCUCGAUUAGUUCAUUUGGUGCCAAUGGUUGUAAUCAGCGAACAGGUGCUGUAUCUAUGGCAGGUCGCAGUCCAAUACCUACACCACCUCAGACACAGGCUCUCAUAAAGACAGCAAGCAAAUUUAUCUACAACAAGCCACGCAAUCACUUUGAGUUAUUACAACAACGUGUGCAAAUGCAACAAGAAUUUGCACAUCUUCUUACGAGUGUUGCUGCGAGCAGUGCAGCUGCAGCUGCAGUGCAACAACAUGCACAGCAUCGCGGUCGGGGUGUAGCGGGAGCAGCAAACAACAACUACGCCGGCACGUCCAGCAGUAACACUCGCGCCGCGCAAGCAGCAGCUGCUGCCGCAGCAGCUGCAAAAAAUUCACUUUCUUCCCUUUUACCUUAUUCGAAUUGGUUCUUUUAAGUUAUACAUAUAUUAUUUCUAUCGCAGUUUCUUUAGUAGUUUUAAGUACAAAAUGUUAAUUAUUAACAAAUUGAGUUAUUGAAUUUUAAUCACUUAUGUUUCUUUGAUUAUAAGAUGUGUUCGUGUAUUUAUUGCGCAUAUGCAAUAUUUAGAGAGGUAAUAUAACUGCUUAAUUGCUUUCGGGAAUUAACGCUUAGCCAAUAAUUUUCAAGAUGUUAUAAUUAUUGAUACUUUCGUGCUGAAGUUACAAUUCUUAUUGUUGAAAAAAUCCAAAUCGCUUUUGUUUAUUUAUCAUCAUUAUUACCCACAGUGUAGAUUUAGGUGGUUUGAAUAAUGUUUUUAACUUUGAAAAAACUGAAUAUUAAUAUAUAUUUACGGUUUCUUUUACUUUAUACUACUUUGUAAGAAUUGUUAUAUUUAUUUAAUAUGGAAAUACUUAAACGAUCAUGAGGAAAAAUCUUAUAGAAACACGUUUGAAAUAUGUUAAGAUCUGGAGAAUAAUAAGCGUUUCAAACUAAUUCUUUAAACACAAUAUUAAUCAACAUUAGCAAGAUUUGUAGUUAUUCAUAAAUCAAAGUCGUUAUUAAUGUUUUUUUUUCAACUACAAAAGUUUUGGAACAACUUCAGUUUCAGCCAAUCGUUUUUAAACCAUGAUUUGCAUAGAUGAAUAUUAUUUUAUCAUUUAAAUUUUUCUUUAUUAACAUAAAAUGUAUCUCAAUUGCAUCAUACACCAUCUAACUUGCAUAUAAGCCGAAAAUAUUUAAAACGUUUAUAAAAUUAAAGUUUUUACAACAAACUAUGCGUGAAAUCAUAACAUCUUUUUUGUUUGCUAAAUUUUUUAACAAGUGAGUAUAUACAAUCUACAAGCCGUAAUUCAAGCGUAUUUGUACGUUUUUAUGAAAACAUACAAAUAUAAAAUCCUAGUUUAACAACUUAUAAUUCAGACAGUUUAUUCAUAAUGAUAUCAAAAAUUUAUAAAAUGUUAAAUGUAUUGCAUAAUAUGUAUAAUCCGGAAAUAGUAAUUGUACAUAUUUGUUAGUGCUAAAAGUAUUUACAGAAUUACAUUGAAUAAGGUGCUUGAAACCACAUAAUUCGUAUAUAUUUCUGUUUUUCUUUGGUCUUGUAGAAUAAACAUCAAGUAGCUCCCAGUUGUCACUAUUAAAAAUUUGCUUAGUAUACAUUACAGCCUAUGAUAUUCAAAUAAAUUUUAUACAUGUACUUACAAAUAUUAUACAUUUAAAGAUGUAUUUGAAAUAAAAAAAAAAUAAUGUGUUUAACCAAAAUAGGAUAUUAUUGCAGCAUUAAUUUUCAAAGACAAGAAUUAGUCUAAAUCACCUGAGUUCGUCAUGGGCAGGGAAAUGUCGCAAAUAUAAUAUUUGUAAAUUAAAUUCUGAUCAUUAAAAACUGAUUCAUGAAAUCUGUUGUAAAAAUCGAAUGCUUUUGUUAUAAUACUUAGUUAUUACAAAUUACCUAAUUAUUUUGCAUAAGAGAAUUGUACGUACGAUUUUUACAGGAUUUUCAGUUAUGCUUGUUUUUUAUUAUGUAAAAAUAAAAAUGCAAAAUCAAUUAUGUAAAAAUGAUGUGAAAUACCUACAAAGUAAUGAGAAUAUAAACUAUUUAUGAAAAAAUAAUAGAAAGGAACUAUACAUAUAUUUUUUACAAGUAUAAAAAUACAUGCAUAUAGAAAUUACAACCAAACUAUUCCUGUUUUUAUAGUCCUUGUGAAUCAUUUUUUAUUAAUUCAAAUUAAUAUUUUUUAUUAAUUCAAAUUAAUAUUUUUUAUUAAUUCAAAUUAAUAUUUUUUAUUAAUUCAAAUUUAAAUAUUAUUGAGUUUGAAUUGAUGACAUUUUGCAAAUUAAUCAGGAAAAGAAUACCACAUGCUCACGAAAUAAGGAAAUUUGCAUGACUACCAAAUAACUACCGAAUUCUACAAAUAACAUACAACAACUUUCAAAGUACAGUUUCGGAAGGUAAUAAAUACGUUUUGUUUCAAUAUCAUAUUUCUCAAGAUAAAAGGUUUCCUUUUUAGUUCGUUUAAGUAAACUUGUGAAGAGUCGUUAUCAGAUCAACAACAUCUAUUCUUCAUUUAAUAUAAAAACAAGAUAGUAAUACAGACUACAAUGGACCAAACGUAUGUAAGUACUUUUUUAUUUUGUAUGUACAAAAUAAUAGGUACUCAAUUAUUUAAAUAUGAAAUAUCAUACUGUUUUUUGUACAUGCGCAAUGAAAAUCGGUUUUCUUUCCGCCCUUCAUUAAUUAUACUAAUGAAUUAUGUAAGAUAUGCAUAUACAUACACACACUUCAUAUACGUACAUAUCCAUGUACAAAUAUUAAAAACUUACAAAAUUAUUUGACUUUUUAUUUGUUAGAAUAGAGAUUGGGUAAAACAUUAACAUAUAAUUUAUUCUAAUUGCAAUGCGACUUAAUUUAACGCAAUUAAAAAAAAUUAUUUAUUCGAUAUGGCCAAGAUAUGUGCAAAAAUACUUCAACUGACAGUGACUAAAAUUACUGGAAGAAGAUUUGAUCCAACGGUAAAUUGGCAGCAGAAGCACAAUAACAAAUGAAUACGCAUACAGGGUUGUUAUAACUUCUUAUUAAUUAUUAAUAAUUAUUAUUUCUUAAAUUUUUAAUCAAAAAUAGUAUUAAAUUUUCUGUAUACAUACAUAAUAUAUUAAGAAAUCGAAUUAGAAUUUCGAAAACAAUUAAAACAUCCUUAAAAAAUUUCGAAUACAACGAAUGAAAGUUUGAGAGUUUACAAGAAGUUUAAUUAAUUAAAAAAAACCGAAUUCCUAUGAAACUUAAAGCGAAUAAAUCCGGAGGAUUCUUUGAUUAACAAAUACAUCUAUGUUUUAGGACUAUUUCAUAAAUAUAAAUUAAAUACUUAUUAAAAAAGCUAAGUUUUAAAAGUGGUUAUAAAUAUAAAUACUAUGAAUAUGUAAUAAAAGUAAGGAAUGAAAGUACAUCAACACAAAAAAGAACACUAAGAUAAAGGAGAUAUUUAAAUUUAAUAUUAAAGAGAAAGUGAAUAGAAAAUCAGUAAGUGCAAACAAAAAGUUCAAGGGGUUUUGAAAACAUUUUGAAAUUUCUAAAAAUUUAUGGUAUUAAAUUUUAAUUAACCACAACAUGGUGAUUUAAUUAAGCGUGGAUAUUCAAAAAUACAGGAUUGUCAAAAUUCCUAAAUGGAGAAAUCGUAACUGUGUACUUUUCAUGCACUUGUAAAAUAUAAAGAAUUAUUUGCUAUGUCUAUUUCACAUAUGUAUAGUUCAUAUGUUCACAAAUCACUAUAAUACGCUAAGUCUUAUUCAGAUAUCAGAGGCAAGUUUAGAACUUCCUAGUAGAUUUCCGACUUAAAAAAAACACUGGCAGAAGUUUCCAUAUGUGUGUAAAACCAAAGCCUAUGGCCUAAAUAAAAAAAAGAAGCUCAAAAAAACAUAUAUAUACGUGGUAAUUCAUAAAUGGUCGGCAUAAACUAGGCAAAAACAUGUGUUGUGAAUAAUCGUCGUGCUAAUAUCUUAUGUUUAUCACUGUUAGGUGUAACUAACAUUUCUCUAAAAUAAGUUAUUACAAAUAAAAGGAUUAUUAAAAGACCUAUUGAAAAUUAUUCGGACGAAAAUACAAAAAUUAAAGACGAAAACUAAUUUUAAACAAAGUAGUUGAUAUUAAGAAGUUCAUAAAUUUAUAUCCCAAGCACAUAAAAAUUUUAAAACUUAUCUAUCAAGCAACAUAAAAUAGUUAAUCUUAAAGUAAUCAAUAACUUAAAUUUUCACCUCGGCGGUUUUUAUAUUGUAUAUGUAAGUUCCCUAAACUUUCUUAUGGCAUUUAAAAAGUCAGCCUAUCGUAUGUAUGUAAUACUAUUUUUCUCAAUAACAACAAAAAAAAGCUAUCCUAAGGUAAACAUGAUUUGUUAAAUAUAUGUAAAACGAGCCUAAGCUUCAGUAUUAAAAGCUUUUUGAUAUCAUCUAUAAACUAUCCUAUUGGCGUUGUGUGUUUCAGUGCUUAAAUAUAAUAUUUGCUGAAAUGGUAGCAGGCAAAUAUGGAUGUGCAUGAAUUACGAAAUCUAAUUUGUCAAUAAAUUUCAUGCUAUUGGCUUGCGUAAUUUGUUGGUUUACAAAAAAAUAUACAGCUAGUUACAAUCAAUUGCUCAUAAAUACAUAGUUGUAUGGGCAGGCAAAAAGGUCCCAUUUUAAUUAAUUAAAAUAUAAAAUGCGAGUAUACCUAAGUAUGUAUAUUCGAUAUAAAUCAGAUACAACCGUUGCAGAAGUAUGUUUAAUACACAAAACAAGAAUUAUGAGAUGAAAAUACAAAAUAAAAAGAAACAACAAAUCGUACAAUAAUCCACGAUUCGUUCAUAUGUAUAUACAUACAUGUAUGUAUACGUAUGAAAAUUUUUACUUAAUUUUACAAGUUUCUAAAAAUUCUAUGAAUAUGAUUAAGUUAAGGUAAUAACAUUGACAUAAAGGAUAUUAGAUAACAUAAAAUAAAGGCAUGCAUAUGCAAUACAGAAAUCGUUAACAUAGCAAAAAGUCGCAUAUCUUGAAGUAAAUAAUAAACAAAUAAUCAUAUACGACCGAAUAUAUAAAUAGCGUCAAGAAUAUACAAAUAAAAUUACAUGAUAAGAUAAUUUAAAUUUAUCAUUAACAAUGUAACAACUUGUUAUUGUAAAUGUUCACUUUUGUACUUUUACACCGCAUACAAAAAUAUGAACAAGAAAAAGAGACAACCAAAAACAUUCAAAUCUUAAAAUAAAAUUAAUUAUUUAACUUCAAUAAAUAUAAUAACUAACUAAUAUUGAAAAUAUAUGCAAAGAUAUAUAAAUAUUCUUAUGUUUAUAGGUAAAAAUUGAAUAUAUGAGUUAUUUUAGAGUAGUCUAAAUAUUCGAGAUUGGAUAAUAUUCAAAGUUAUUAUAGAAAAAUAAAACUUCUAAAACCAUUGCUUUCUUUUGACUGGACAACUGUCUUUAAAUAAUACAAUUUUUAUUUAUAAUAUUAUAUUUAAAAUUUUCUUAAUUUGUAAUUUAAUUGGUUUAUUACAAAAAUUUAAAUUUUUACAUUAAUAGAUAUUAAAUCCACUUUAGCAAUCGAAAUGUUUACUACUUCAAACUAUUUUUAAUUAAAUAUAUACUUUUUGUGAAUCAUUUAAUAUGAUGCGUAUAUACAUAUAUUUAUAUAGGUACAUAUUAAAUUACAGAUAAACGUAUGUAUAAACAUAUGCAUGUAGAAAACAUAAAUGAAAUAAUAUAAAUCAAUUCAUUCACUGCGGUUCAUUAAUAUAUCUCAUUAUAAAAGAGAACAGAAGAUCGAAUGUAUUUUGUAAAAUAAGCGAAUAUACUUAUAAACCUAAAAUACUUUAAACACGAACGAAUAUAUAUACAAGUACAUACUACAUAUUGAGCUAGUAGAACCCAAUUAUUGUGUGUAAUUAAUUAUGUAUUUAAAUACAUUAUAUAUUAUUAUAUUAACUA